CCUUUAAACAACCUAUUUAUUUUGCAAUAUACUCCAUGUUAGGUUGAGAUUCAUAAAUCAGAAAACCUAAAACCUAAAACUACCUUAAACACCCACGCCCCACGCCCACCCCUCGCUGGCGUCUCUCACCAGUCACCACCGCUGCACACAAGACACAUCACAUCACUGCCUUCUCUCUCCCUAGACUGAGUUGGAGUUCGCGUGCCGCCCCUUGUCGCGCGGAGUGCUGCUGCAUAUCCUGGCCGCCGGGCGUUACCCACCAGACCACCACCUCUAAUUCAAAUUUCAGAAUGGCAAUUGAAGGACAAGAGACAAUGGUCUUUUGCAGAGCUAGCUUUCGUGAUUGGUCUAAACUUCCCAUUGAUUUGUUAGUCGAUAUACUCAUUCGCUUAUCUGAUAGUGAAUUGGUGAGAUGUAAAGUAGUAUGCAAAUCAUGGAAUGACACUAUUGUUAAUAUAAGCAUUCCUAAAGCAUUUGCUUCUGUACACCUUAGUGAACUUGUUUAUACGAAGGAUGUAUAUUGGAUUGUAACUCAUGUUCCACAUGAUGCAACACGUGGAGAUAUUGUAAGCUCCUUUGAACACCUUUAUCGUGCAUUUCCCUCUGUGCCAAAGUCGCGUCAUUUCCGUGGAUGUUGCAAUGGUUAUUUCUCUUAUCCGAAACUUGUUUUUUUUGUGUGUACAAUCCUGCUACCGGACAAUGGGUGGAAUUUCCUACUUGUUAUGAAGCUUCCCGGCAUUGUUAUGUUUCAUUGGCUUUUGAUCCAAAUGGGAAUGUCCACAAAGAUAAUUAUGAUGUUGGGCGUGAGAGGUUUAAAAAGAGUGUGUAUGUGAAUGGUAUUCUUUACUGUCUAUCUGCAUCGCCAAAUAUUCUUCACGGUGUUGAUGUUGAUAAUCCAAAAGUAUGUUCCAUCAAACUCCCCUGGAACAUAAAAGAUAGUGUGACAGAACUUAUUGGGGAGUCGAGAAACCAUCUUUGUUAUUCAAAUCGGGACUUCUUUUGUAUGUUUGUUUGGGAUGCUCCGAAGUGGGUUUUAAUGCAUAAACUUCGCAUUAAAUCAUUGAUACCAAGUGUGGGUAAAGAAUACCGUGAUAGUUUCACGCUUUAUGCUUUGGAUCUUAUGUUAUUUUCAUUGGAACGCCUAGGGCAAUUGUUGCAUAUGAUCCUCUUGGGCGUAAAGUGUUAAGAACACAUCGGGCAAAGUAUAAUAACUCAUGUAUCAUUGUAAUAACUCUGAUGUAUCAUUGGUUGGUGGGCAAUAUUUUAUAGGUAUUGGUAAACAUCGCCACCCCUAUUUUAAUGAAAUGAUGAAA